AUGAGUAGCAACGCUCGUUCGGUUCCUGCAACCGACCCCAAAGUCUACGACGAGUACCAGCAGAAGUGGUCGUCACUUCCUGCGGACGAAGCAGCGUGGCUUCAGCGAGCCAAAGACGUUGCAGAUGUGCUAGCCGUAGAUGCCGCGCAGCGUGAGAGGGAAAAUAAGUCACCUAGAGCUGAGAUUGCGCUGCUGAAGCAUUCUGGUCUUCUCAAAGUCCUCGGAUGGAAAAAGUAUGGCGGUGGUGAGCAGCCGUGGAGCGUCGGCUACAAGGUGAUUCGCGAGGUUGCCAAGGGAGACGGAUCAAUUGGCAUGCUUCUGGGAUACCAUUUGCUCUGGUCAACGACGGCCAAUGUCAUUGGCAGCUCCGAGCAGGCAGACCGCACUCAGGAUCUCAUCAUUUCCAACAACUACUUUGUCGGUGGUGCCGUAAACCCUCGCGACAGCGAUCACAAGAUCACUUCAGACGGCGACAACGUCAUCUUCAAUGGCUUCAAGAACUUCAACACCGGUGGAGUUAUCUCCGACUUGACUGUUCUCGAAGGUGUACUUGAGGGUACGGAUGACCACCUGUAUGCGUUGGUGAAGACUGACCAGCCGGGAAUUAUCUUUUCUCACAACUGGGAUAAUGUUGGCUUGCGUCUGAGUGAGUCGGGAAGCGUCAAGAUUGAGAACGUCACUGCGCCCUGGUCUGAUGCACUAGGAUGGAAUGCCGCCGAAAAAAAGCCAGAUGACUCGAUUCUCAAAAUCCCGUUUGCAAGUCUGCUUCUUCCCACGAUUCAACUCGUUUUCAGCAACUUCUACAUCGGUAUUGCAUGGGGUGCGUUGGAUUUUGCCUCAGCCUACACUAGAAAAAACACGCGGGCCUGGCCCUUCGGCGGUGAUAACAAGGAGAAGGCCGAGGAUGAGUUUUAUAUCCUGUCCACCUAUGGAAACUUCCUAGCUCACCUCCGUGCAGCCGAUGCACUUGCCGACAAGGCGGGUCUCGAGAUUGAUGCAUUGUACAAGUACUCUGGAGAUCCAUCAACUAGGGCCAAGGUCACUGCAAAGGCUCGAGGAGAAGCAGCGGAGUGGGUUGCUAGUGUCAAGGUCACGGCAACUGACACGGGACUUCGGGUUACGUCCGGUGUGUUCGAGGUGACGGGCGCGAAAGCCACCGGAACUAAGGUUGGCCUUGACAGAUUCUGGAGGGAUAUCAGGACACACAGUCUGCAUGAUCCUGUGUCUUACAAAAAUCGUGAGCUCGGUAGAUAUCAGCUGCUGGGCGAGAUUCCCGAGCCGACAUGGUACACUUAG